GGGUCGGCAAGAUCUUCUGAAGGCUCAACAUUUAUUUUGCCUUUGUGUCUUGCCAUUCCUCUGAAGAACAGAAGCCACUUGUAAAACCCUACCCUUCGCCUUGCAUUCUAUGAGAUUACAGCAAAAUGGAUAUACCAAAUCCCCCGACUUCCAAAUGUAUCACUUACUGGAAGAGGAAAGUUAAGUCUGAAUACAUGCGACUUCGGCAGCUUAAACGGCUUCAGGCGAAUAUGGGUGCAAAGGCUCUCUAUGUAGCAAAUUUUGCAAAAGUUCAAGAAAAAACCCAGAUCCUCAAUGAAGAAUGGAAGAAGCUUCGUGUCCAACCUGUUCAGUUAAUGAAGCCUGUGAGUGGGCAUCCUUUUCUCAAAAAGUGUACCAUAGAGAGCAUUUUCCCGGGAUUUGCAAGCCAGCACAUGUUAAUGAGGUCUCUGAACACAGUUGCCUUGGUUCCCAUCAUGUACUCGUGGUCCCCUCUCCAGCAGAACUUCAUGGUGGAAGAUGAGACAGUUUUGUGCAAUAUCCCCUACAUGGGAGAUGAGGUGAAAGAGGAAGAUGAGACUUUCAUUGAGGAGCUGAUCAAUAACUACGAUGGCAAAGUCCACGGUGAAGAAGAGAUGAUUCCUGGCUCUGUCCUGAUCAGUGAUGCUGUUUUCCUGGAGUUGGUAGAUGCUCUGAAUCAAUACUCGGAUGAAGAUGAAGAAGGGCACAAUGACACCUCAGAUGGAAAGCAAGAUGACAGCAAAGAGGAUCUGCCAGUAACAAGAAAGAGAAAACGACAUGCUAUUGAAGGCAGCAAAAAGAGUUCCAAGAAACAGUUCCCAAACGACAUGAUCUUCAGUGCGAUCGCCUCGAUGUUCCCUGAGAACGGUGUCCCAGACGACAUGAAGGAGAGGUACCGAGAGCUCACAGAGAUGUCAGACCCCAAUGCGCUCCCCCCACAGUGCACACCCAACAUCGACGGCCCCAACGCCAAGUCUGUGCAGCGGGAGCAGUCUCUGCACUCCUUCCACACACUCUUCUGCCGGCGCUGCUUCAAAUAUGACUGCUUCCUUCACCCUUUCCAUGCCACCCCUAACGUGUAUAAACGCAAGAACAAAGAAAUCAAGAUUGAGCCAGAACCGUGUGGCACAGACUGCUUCCUUCUGCUGGAAGGAGCAAAGGAGUAUGCCAUGCUGCACAACCCUCGCUCCAAGUGCUCCGGGCGUCGCCGGCGAAGGCACCACGUGGUCAAUGCUUCCUGCUCGAACACUUCAGCCUCUGCUGUGGCUGAGACCAAAGAAGGGGACAGUGACAGGGACACUGGCAAUGACUGGGCCUCCAGUUCUUCAGAGGCGAACUCUCGCUGUCAGACGCCCACGAAACAGAAGGCGAGUCCAGCCCCACCUCAGCUCUGUGUAGUGGAAGCACCCUUAGAGCCUGUGGAGUGGACUGGGGCUGAAGAAUCUCUUUUUCGAGUCUUUCAUGGCACCUACUUCAACAACUUCUGUUCAAUAGCCAGACUUCUGGGGACUAAGACGUGCAAGCAGGUCUUCCAGUUUGCAGUCAAAGAGUCACUUAUCCUGAAGCUGCCCACAGAUGAGCUUAUGAACCCCUCGCAGAAGAAGAAGAGAAAGCACAGGUUGUGGGCUGCACACUGCCGGAAAAUUCAGCUGAAGAAAGAUAACUCCUCCACCCAGGUGUACAACUACCAGCCCUGCGACCACCCGGACCGCCCCUGUGACAGCACCUGCCCCUGCAUCAUGACUCAGAAUUUCUGUGAGAAGUUCUGCCAGUGCAACCCCGACUGUCAGAAUCGCUUUCCCGGCUGUCGCUGUAAGACCCAGUGCAAUACCAAGCAGUGCCCGUGCUACCUGGCAGUGCGGGAGUGCGACCCCGACCUGUGUCUCACCUGUGGGGCCUCGGAGCACUGGGACUGCAAGGUGGUUUCCUGUAAGAACUGCAGCAUUCAGCGUGGCCUCAAAAAGCACCUGCUGCUGGCCCCCUCAGAUGUGGCCGGAUGGGGCACCUUCAUUAAGGAGUCUGUGCAGAAGAAUGAAUUCAUUUCUGAAUACUGUGGUGAGCUCAUCUCUCAGGAUGAGGCCGAUCGACGAGGGAAGGUCUAUGACAAGUACAUGUCCAGCUUCCUCUUCAACCUCAACAAUGAUUUUGUAGUGGAUGCUACCCGGAAAGGCAACAAAAUUCGAUUUGCAAACCAUUCGGUGAACCCCAACUGUUAUGCCAAAGUGGUCAUGGUGAAUGGGGAUCAUCGAAUUGGGAUCUUUGCCAAGAGGGCAAUUCAAGCUGGCGAAGAGCUCUUCUUUGAUUACAGGUACAGCCAAGCUGAUGCCCUCAAGUACGUGGGGAUCGAGCGGGAGACGGAUGUCCUUUAGGCCUCGUGGGCCCCUCGCCAGCGCCUUGGUCGCGGCACUGUCCUGCUUUCAUGCACACACCACUGCUGCUCGAGUUUCCUGCACUAAGUGUCUCCUACACCGAGAAACCCCCCACCCGCUCCCUCUGUAGUGAGGCUUCACCUGUGUCCAGCGGGGACAGAACUUUCUCAGCUAGAGGGGAGACACAGGCGGCUAGGGCUUGGGCUCCCAGGAGAGAGAGUUGCCCCAGUGGGAGACUGCGUCUCAGGCCUUGGAGGAAGAGAGCACAGGCUGGGGGCGGGUGACGUUUGCUUGAGUUCUUAAUGGCUCCCCAGGCUGUGGGCCUCAGGAGUCACCUUGGACGGUUCCUAACAAGCAUUAGCCUAACUUUCCAAAUCAAGGAUCCUUCCUGUAGUUGGGUCACCAGCAGAUCUCUCUGUGGUCCUGAGACCAGGAGAGGACAGGUUCAGUGAAGUUUGGUACCCGGAGCUUAUGAGUGAUCAGGGUUAAAGAUGAGCCUGGCGGGCAGAGCAGACUGAAUUCAGAGGGGAGAUGGGGCACCUGACUACUACCUCUUUCCCCCUGACAUGCUUCAAACUGAAAGAGUGUGGGUUCUAAGAAAAGCUCUUCAAGGCUGGGAGAAAGAAAGCUGAGUGCCAUCCAUCCUUCUGUAGACAGUGAGAACCAGCCCGACGACAAUAAUAAACUGCUAAGCUUAGGACCCAGCAGGCUUUGGGGCACCCUCUGUGUGUACUCUGGAGACGAAUGGGUAUGUUUUCAGAUUCCCGGGAGCAGAUACAAGUGCCCUGUCAACCCCUUCCAAAGUUCUGAUUUGGCAACGACAGAUGGGCAUUACACUGCUGCUGAAGAACUGGAGGGGUGGUGCAACCUGGGUGUGACGCUCUUGUUCCCUGCAGAUGUAGCUGUUUUUAGGCCUUUCGUUUCCCUUAGAGGCUGGGCCUAUGGGGCCGCUCUUGGUCCUGUCUUCCAGGUAGUGGGGUACAGGCCUGGACUAGAGAAGUGGAAGUUUGUUGGUGGAUCACUUUCCUGCCUGGAGUCCCUGCUGUUGGAAAGGAUGAGUUGACACUAUGUGUUUGGAGGUGGGCGAGGAGCUCCCAGGUUGUGCAUGUUUAGGAUGGCACCAUACAGGCAGACUGGCAGAGGGUAUUUAAAUGUCAAGAAGAAGCAGGCCAGCCACCUGUGCCAGUUCGUAGUGACAUUCUCUCUGGGAUUCAUGGAAGCACUUUAUUUCCUUUAGAAGGUCUGGAGAUUGAGGUGGAGUUUGAGCUAAGGUCUCGGGGGUCCCUGCCCGAAUCUCUUUCCUGAGGGAGCGGGGAAGAGGUGGUGGAAGAUUCUCCUCCAGUUCUAUCUCAUGUCCUGGUGGAGGCAGAAGGAGCUGCCUUGAAACAGCAGAAUUGAAUGAAAAUGGUACCAGCCCUAAGAACCACCCCUGUGUCUAUGGCUGGUGCUGAGCUGCAGGGAAUAAGGAGCUUUGUGUUAGAGAAAGAGAAAUGAGCAGGUACAGACUAGCCUAGGGUGUAUUAGAUAAGGGAGCCAGCUUCUCCCUUCUCUGUGGGGAAUCAGAGCCUGUCUUCCCUGGUCUGUGCGGACCACCCCCUUCCUCUGACCCCAUUGGCUGUCCCAGUGAAGCAAGGAGUAGGGUUCCCUCUGGCCAAACUGUCACCUAGGGAUUUCUGUGGGACAUGCGUGUGCACACGCAUACACACACACACACACACUCACUCACAUACCCUCACUCACCACACUAGUGGGCACACAGGCACUCAGCACUGAGCACACGCCCAGCCAGUUCCUGACAGAAGCCUCUUCCCACCCGACGGGGCCAGCCCCUGCCAUGCUUCUGAAAUCUACAUCUGCUGUGGUUUGUAUGCAUUGUGUAUAGGGGACACCCUCUAGCUGGACUGUGGGCUCCAAAUUACUCAUAAAUUAUAGAGAAAAACCAGAGACAGAGGAAGGAAGGUUAGGACUGUUUGAAAUGCAGUCUGGGGCUUGCUACGAGGAGUAGAUGGGGAUAAAUUGACAUCCAGCCUUUGAAAGGCUAGACUGACCCUAUCCUUCCCUCGGCGUGCAGAAUCACUGUGGUUGACCCCGCCUUCCCCUGUGUCAUACCACUACCAGCUGCUGUUGCUCCAGCAUUCCCAUCCUCUCCCCUGAUCUCCCCCACCUUUAAAUGACGGGUCUUAACCCCUCCCCCAAGACAAGUAAUGAUGGAUGGAGUGAGGUGGUGGGGAUGGCGGGGGAGGCUGGUAUAUGUGCGGCUCUGUUGCCAGUGAAUUUCACGCACUUUAAAGUCCUGUGGCUUGUGACCUCUUAUCUGAAUAAAGUGGUA